UUGCAAAACCUUGCAGACCCGCAGGGAGCCCACCACCCCUGAAGACCGUCCCGUCCGAGCAGACAAACCGUCAACAGACCGUGCGUUCGCGAGUCUCUAUGGCCGCUGCUGCGAGUUAAAUAACAUAAAUUAUCGACUGGGGGCUAUGUUGCUGAAUAAAGUUGCUUUGAUUCUGCGCCUGGCAACAUGGCAAAGCGUCAUACUCAGUGAGUGAGCCUGCUGCGAGAGAGACGUCCGACGUUUGCACGGGCUGGUAGAACGGAGUGCCGCGGACGCGUGCUAAAAGCUAAAAGGUCGAGUGUGCGGCGAUCAGUGGUGCAGACGCAGACACCCCAGCAGCCCCCGGGGUCGGCCGAUUGGCCAGAGAAAAGGGAGCCAUUGAGACGAAGCGCGCGGAGAGGAGCAGCGGAGCGGGCGCGGGCGAUUCGCCAUCGGCGAGGUAUUGAUCAGCAGCCGAGUGUGGAUCAUUUGGUACGUACGACUCGCCUCGUGCAUCCUUUUAUGAUGGUGGCCGCCGUUUCCUCAGCAGCCCAAUAAAUACGCUCUCUUGGCCCGGGAAUCGAACGCAACGACCCACCGCUGGACGCAGGCUCACGACGAUUUCGACCUGAAUUUCGAGAAUCCAACGUUGUGCUGAUUGGACUGCUCAGGAGAGACUCUUCAGGAAAAAUGAACUCAGCUAUGCACAUGGUGCAGACAAACAUGAGUACGGCCCCAUAUGCCACUGCUCAGUUCCAACAGAACGGCGAGGCCCCGGGUCCUCCGACGACCAUCAAGGUGGAUACGACGGUGCCCAGUAAGGACGCCAGCACGACGCCGACGGGUGGUGGCGGCGGAGGUGGCGUCCAGCUGUCCUCAGGGCAGGUCAGCGGACCCAACUUCUCGCCACCGCUGCUGAACGCCAACGGAACUGUCGAGCAACAGACAAUGGCGCAGAGCACUCUUCACGAGCUUCCAUCAGGCGGUGUGAGCUUCCAACAAAUAAGCUUAGAGAAGCAAAUGACUGAGACAGACUCGGAGAGCACAGCUCAAUUGACAGUCCAAUCCUCAGGCAACCCCCUGCAGGUCAAUCCGGCCACAGUGGCAACUGGUCUCACAGUACCUGGUGGAGUCAUUUCUCCAGGAGCAGCCGUCUCGACGUCAGGCGCUCCACCAACAACAGCGGUGGCCACCUUGGCGGUGGCGGCGGCUGCGGCGGCCGGUGCCAUCCCUGACCCCAGCAAGGGACAACCAAAAAGGCUGCACGUCUCAAAUAUUCCCUUCCGGUUUAGAGAUCCUGAUCUUAGAGCCAUGUUUGGACAAUUUGGCCAAAUCCUGGAUGUUGAAAUUAUAUUUAAUGAGCGGGGGUCCAAGGGGUUCGGUUUUGUAACUUUUGCGAGUAGUGCGGAUGCAGAGAGAGCACGCGAAAAACUUCACGGCACCGUGGUUGAGGGCAGGAAAAUUGAGGUUAACAACGCAACGGCGAGGGUGCAAACCAAGAAAGCGCCGGCGGUGCCAAAUGUUUUUCUCACUAGGAAUGGAUCAGUCCCUUCUCUGGUUUGCCUACAAUGGCCUGAAGCACACCGACCUGAAUUUACCUCCAAUGAUUAUGUUGCGGCUCUACGAGGCGUAGCGAUCCAGCGGGGCAGGGUGCGCGGAUACCCGGCGGCUGCAGCUGCCGCGGCGGCGGCCGCCUUCGCCAGACAUCCGAGUCCCUUCUCGGCGGCGGCCACUGCACUCCACGGAUACACACCAGGUGUCUACUAUGACCCCAUCCUGGCGGCGCAUGCAGCUUCACAGGCCGAUCCCAACUACAGGCUUCAGGCUGCUCCAACAACCGACGAGCAAGCGGCGGCCUUAGCAGCAGCUGCCGCCAGCAACCCGGCGGCGGUGGCCGGCAUGGCGGCCUCGGGGCUCAAUGCCCAGGCCGCAGCAGCCGCCGCGGCAGCUCCUCACCUCUCGCUUCUAAAGGCCCCCGCUCUCUCCACUGCCCAACAGGCCUCCUACGCAGCCGCAGCUAGCUACACGGCGGCCACUGCGGCCGCCGCCAGGGUGGCCUACGGUGCGGCGGCGGCCGCCGCCGCCCAGCCUGUCGCCGGCUACGCUGCUGUCGCAGGGAACCCUCUCUGCCUUUCACCGGCAACGAGCAGUUACGGGCGGGAGUACGCAGAUCCCUACCUCGGUCACAGCAUAGGACCAGUGGCUGGAUACGGCGCUUCGGUCUACAGAAAUGCCUUCAACCGAUACACACCAUACUAAAACGAGAGGCCAGCAAGAUUGGCUGAGAUUGAUGAUUGAUUCCUCUGUAAAUACGCCAUCUCAUUUUACUACAUGACAAAAACCAGAAAUCCAACGCGAGUAGCCAGGUUUUGAGAAGACGAUUUCCAUGAACGCAGUCGUAGUGCCCCACCAUUGUUGAUCAGAAGAAACACAAGAAAUUUGGCAGCUACCGCUGUGACAAAACAUUUUUUUAUUUUACGAUUAUUUUACUAUAUAUUUCAUUUACAUUGUCCACGAAGACAAAGCAAGCACAAAGUCGGCCGAGGAGAAACAGUUUGUGAGCCGCACUCUCGGCGGCCCAGCCAGCUGCAGUCGGCGCAAAUCUCCUCAAGCCUGCGUCAAAAAUGAUUUUUACUGUAUUUAUAUAUUUUGCCAAGCUCUUUAUAGUGUAAAUAUUUCCGAACCUCCCGAUAUUUUAAAUCUAUUAUAACAAUCAAUUUUUGUUCCUACUCUGAUGAUCAAAUAUUGAGUUUGUCGCUAAACUAGGGAAUACUCGAUGGAUACUAUUGUAUAACUUGAUAAGCACAACUAGAAGAAUCUCGGCGUGAAAUUUUACACUUUGCGAGAGCAGAAAGCAACCAAACGUGCGCGUCCAGCGAAUUUCGCUGGACGACCGACACGAUGAACAAACAAAAAUCAGAUAAUUAAACAUAGCACAAGUGGGCAAAACAAGUUUUUGUGCCAAAUGAAUAAUGAGAUAUAUGAUAAUUUAACGAUGAUACAUAAUCAAAUUAUGUAUUGCAUACGAGUAUGUUAUGUCAAAGCUCCGAGCGAUCGGAGAAGACUCUACGAAAGCUGAAAAAUGUAAUAUUAAAUUGCGUAAAAUUUAAGGACACAUUAAAGAACACAACACACGAUUUAAUGAAUCUCUCUCAGCGAGAUAUUGCUCCAGUAUAUGUGUAAAAUGCGAUUAUUUUCCUCCAGUGAGGUCUAGCACCCGUCAAAUGUGAAACAAUCAACUCUGUGUUGCGUUAUUUGUACGGACAAACUAGUUGUGACUGGAACAAUACCUCAAGCAAGUUGUGCGCGCGCGAAAAAUCUGUCCUUCAAACUUGAACAAAUCGAUGAUGAUUAAUAUUAUUUGAACAAAUCAUGACACGAACAAAAUUUGCUGUCAUUCAAAGCAACAAUAUUGAUUAGCUUGUUGUGAGCACACUCUAGAAUACUCAAUGCGUCUGAGAUCUUGGCUAUUAAGUUGGAACAUUAUACUUUUAAUCUCUAGAUUUUAGCCUCUUUUAUAGAUUUUUUAAAAUUAGACAUAUCUUGAUUAUCAAGCAAACAUUGAAGGACAAAUUAAUUGAUUAAUUCCUUUUGUUACGAUGAUUAUUGUAUUACUUUAUUACCAACCGAUUUUGUUCGCGCCCUCCUUUCGUCUGAAGAAUAUCAUCAAACCAAAGAGCCGUAGAUGAAUCAAUCUUUGUGAGUUAAAAUAUGCUCAAAUUUAGAAGUACGUGCACACGUUCAUACACACACGCAUUCACACAUGACACACAAACACACACAGGAGAGCACACGAGUUAGCACAAACCUCAGUUCUAGAUUUAAUUGGUUGGAUCGAAUCUCUCUUUUCCCCGCUAAACACGCGCAUUCAUUCGUUUUUUGCUCAAAUACUCAUUGAUUUUUAACCCACUGAACAAACGAUUAAUAAACUUUGGUUCCGCACAAGAUGGUUAGACUUGGUUUUCAGUCUUCCAUUCUGCUACAUUUUUGGUGUGUAACCUGGUGCAGCCCUGUUCCCAAUUUUUCGCUCUCCGAGGAGCGAUUCGCGACUUUUUUUACCACUGCUACCGCACGAACACGAACAGCGCGUACGCUCGCAUCGGUGCUCUUAAUUCCACGAGAUAAUUUUUAUAGCUAGCGAGGGAGGACUCCGUUUCGUCUGUUCGCCUGUGAGAAACGAAAAAAGGUUUUAGCUCCUGUGACUGUACUGUACAACAUUGGAACGCACAAUAUUCGGUUGCAUUGUGAUUUUUUGACAUUAUCUCCACUCCCUGAGGAACACAAAAAGAGCACAAUGUAGUUAAGUAAAAUUUUAGUCGAGCGUGUUGAAUAAAAAUUAAAACGAAUGAAGACGAGAGAAUGUGUCACAGCUUCCAGAUCAAAAGUGAAUUCACCAAGCUCCACUCGAUUGUUGACGUGGACUCCAAUUUUUUUGUAUUAAAAGAGUCCUUGCAGACUCAGCGAGCCCUCCAAGUCUCGUUAGGCAAUCUAAUUAAUUAUAUACACACAAUGUAAUAUUUACAAUUAUCAUUACAAGAAGAUAAUUAAUAGUCGUGCUGCGCUGCUUUUUGUUCUACCCGGGAUUGAAGUCGAAUUAAGUGCAGGGAACGAGACGAAUUUUACGCAGAACAAAGUAAUGGCACUGGCCACAUUUGGACCGACCCGAGUACUGACAAGAGCACACUGAUCGCACAUAAUCACCACAAGAUGACACACACUCACAAACACACACACACAUACACACACUCGAGAAUAAAUGAAUAAUAAAAGGUAUAUUUAUACGAUCCAAUCUCUAGGUCUGACUACAAUGGACAAUUAUGAUUAAUAUCCAAGCGAGUUCCAAUUAUUGUUUCACCUCUUAUUUGUAUGCCAUCAUGUACACUGAUUUAAUUGGAACGUGUCUAAUUGAUUAAAUACAUUUACAGAAUAAGAAUAAA